CGAGGAAGAUGACCCUAUUGAUGACCAGGACGUCGAUGAGGAGGACGAAUCUGUGAGCCCUUCUAGCAGGCCGCGCCAAAGACCCUCUCCUGUCUCACACCAAUCCACCUCUAACGCCUCGCGUAUCCGAAAACCGUGUACAUCAAAGACUGAUGUCAAACCAAGCAAGGUUGUGAACGCGGGUCCAGACAUCGUCGAAGCAGACCAAAUGGACGUCGAUGACGUCGACGCGGACGAUCACGCUGAAGGAUCUGCUACAGAAGAAGACUACCCCGAUCGUCGGUACUCGAGCGUCACUCGUCCGCCCCACGCGAGGUCAAAUAGACCUGCCGUAUUGGCUGCCGUCAACCACUGGGACACACACGCUAGUCCCCACGAUGGCAUAUCUCAUGAAUUGCAGGUGCUUACUCAGGAUACAGUUCUGUCAGUCCCACCCUCCCAUGCAGAGUCACCACGAGAACAUACUCCGGAAGAAGACGACGAACCCAACGGUGACACUAUGGGUGACGCGGCAGAAGAACAGGAGGGAGAUGGGGAAGCCGUCGACGACGAGGAACGCUCUCCAACUGAGCCCGAUGACCAGCUUGGCGACAUACCAGGCGAGGUAGAUGUCGACGAACAUCCCAACGUUCAAGACGACCGUGAAUCUAAUAUAGACGACCCAGAACUAGAGGUAGAAGAGCCGGAUGAGGACCCCGACCUUCAGCCUGCGCAUCGCGCAGAGGCCCUCGAUGUCCUCGCCACCAUCGAAAUCAAGUUUGCUAUGCUCAGGGAACGCGUGUUCCUAGAAAAGAUGGAAGGCAUUGCAUGGGAAGAAAGUUUGAUUUGGGAGGGCGCUCAUCCCGAAUUACAUUACAUUCAAGAGGAAUUGACGAAACGACGUGACAAAAGACUCAUGCUUGCCGAACGAAAACGACGUUAUGAAGUUCAGGCUCUCGAGAGGAAACGAAAGGAAGAGGAAGCAGGUAUUUGGGAGAACUGGGAGCAUACACGCGACCAACUUCAAACGGAAAUGAUGGCCGAAACAAACAGAAAACGGAGAAAGCUCGAAAGAGAGAGGCGAGCAGCGGAAAGGCCUAUUCCAGUUCGUCGUUUUCCCGUUCCAAUCCGCGACCCGCCACCGGCGCCAUCUUUACGCGAAAUUGUGAAUGCGACCCCGCUUCCGUCACGCCUUGUACAGUUUAUCUCCAGUGCAAACAAGAGACCCCCACCCGACGGCGCGAUUAACCCCACUCUGAAUUCUGGAUUGCUUCUUGGGUUCAACGGGCUAGGUCUCAACCCCACAGCAUAUCCCGACCUUCCAACAGCCUCGCCUGCUGACAUCGCCGCGGACCUCGAAUAUAUCUUUCAGCACCGUAGAGCCGGCUUCGGUUACCCGUAUGGCAUAUUUCCUGGCGCACCCGGCGUGGGCUUUCCCGCGGUUGGACCUGGCAUUGGCCCCGGGAUGGGGUUUGGCCCAGGUGCUGGAGGAGCGGCGACAGGGUACAACAACGUAGCUGGGGUACCCUUUGGGAUGAACGGCCUUCCGACAGCCGAAACUUACCCAACAGGUGCUGGCCCAGGCGUAACUCAGCCUGGCCCCGUUCCUCCGCCCGCUACAGGGACGUCAGUACCACCAUCACACAAUCACGCUGGGAUGACUGGUCCGGGAGUUGGUCCUACUGACUCUGCAGGUUUCGGCCAGCCGUCUAUGGGCACCUUCCAGCCCAGUGCUGGCCGGGAAAGUGCAUAUCCCCCUGGUCCUGGUGGUCCUUCAACGUCUGGGAGGAUACCGCGCUCCUCAGGACCCCCGCUUGAUCGCGAAUGGGAGGCCCAAGCGCAACGGGAGCGGGAGCGGGAACGAGAGUUGGUUGCACGCGAGCACACUCGCGAACUUGCACAGCAGCGAGAUCGAGAAAUACGUGAACGGGAGCGAGUCGGAGAAAUAAACUCGCGCGGAAGAGACAGGGAGUUUGGACCGAACGUUGGUCCUGGAUAUCAGUCUUCUGGAUGGAACUCGAAGCCCUCUGGUCCUGCAGAUUGGGGUCUUUCGGAGCGCAGACGAGAGGAUGAUAUCAUGGAUCGUGAGAGGGAAAAGGAACGUGUUGACUGGGGGGACAGAGAUAAAUCUCAAGCGCAGCCGGGCUUGACUCCUGCACCCCGUCCCCAAAACCAACAAUCGCACUUGCAUUCUCAUCACACGCACUUGGCCCCAUCACCACACCUUGCUCACUCUUCCCAUUCCUCACACUCAAGUCACCAAGCGCAUUCGCAACCUCCACACGCACACCCGCACCAUCAACAUCAGCACCCGCAUCCGCACCAGCACCCACAUUCCCCGCACCCACAUCUACAUACCCAGCAUCCGCAUGGGCCGACAGGGGCUGCACCCCAUCAUCACCAUGUCAGCCAACAUCAUCAUCGACACCACCACCACAUUCUACAUAACCACCACUCAUCUGGACCAGAGUUGCGCAUUGGACCUACAUCAGGUGUCGGUGUGGAAGGUCCUGGGAUAAGAUCCGGACAGGGGCAUCAGACACCGACUAUGGAGCUCAUCAAUCUUUCUGCUAAUCCGUCAUCAAAAACGCACUGGAAAAGGGAGGAGGGCAAGUACGGGGGAGGUAGUGUUCCCGGGAGCCGGCCGUCGUCUACGCAUCCGUCUUUCCCUACAUAUGACGAGCGGGAUAGACCUGUUGCAACCUCGUUUGUACUUGGCCCUUCGCAAAAUACUGCCUCUGCGACAUCUUCUCCUCGACAUAACUGGGCACAUGGCGAAGUGGGCAAUUCAGUUCCUCCUGGAGGGCCUGGCGCUGCAUUUCCGCCUCCUGAGCGAUAUCAUUCACCUAUUCCAGGUGGUCCUGGGACGUCAGGUAUGCCUCAUCGGUCGUCUAACCCACCACAGGCCCAUCACCGCCGUCAAUCACCUAAUUCACUGACUGUAUCCCCAUCACGCUCCGGACCUCCAACAUCACCUACUAAUGCAAACCUUUCCAAUCCCAUUGCUCCGCCAUCAUCCAUGAAUACUUCUUCCCCAGGACCGUUUGCUCUUCCACGGAAAUCAUCCCCAGUACUACCACCUCCUUCUAAACUUGGAAUGCCCCCUAUUGUAUUUUCUCCUCGGUUGACAGGUCCAGGGGUUCUCCCACCUACGGGCCCUGGUGUCCCCGGAAUGUUAUCCGGUGCCGCGGCGGGAACUGGCGUUGGGGUCAUGUUGUCGGGCCCGCCGUCCGGCCCGGGAGUACCGCCACCUAGUGGACCUGGGAUGUCUCCGCCACUUGCAAUUUUGUCCAGUACCAGCGGACCCGGUGUCCCACUUCCUAAUGGCCCAGGCAUAAUACCGCAAAGCGGACCUGGAAUACCACCAGCUGCAGGUCCGGGGGAUGGCCCUGGAGUCCCACCACCACCGUUCACUGGCAGUCGAACGGCAUCUCCACUGAUAUCCUUUGCGAGGACGGGAGCCCCGCCUGGUCAGAAAAUAGUGGUGGAGGGUGUAUGACGAUGUUCGUUGUUUGUUUGCUUUUUUUCCUCUUUGCUUGGUUUGAUAUCAAAAAUUCGGGUGGUAUUUUCUCUGUUAGCAUAAUGGCUGCGCUGCGUGUGCAGAAUCGGAAUGUAGCCUCAUGAUUAGCUGUACUCAAUUUCAAAGCUUCUUCUGUGUAUAAUUUUUGCGCGUUUAAUAUAAUCUCAGCUUCAUUCAGCG